CCCUUUAGAGGUUAGAGCCCCCGGUUAGAGAGGGGGUUGCUGGGGGGGAGCAGUGGGGUCUGUGGGCGGGCUCCCACCUGCCCUUUGCAACCUGAGGCGGGGGGACGGGACACGCCGGUCGUGUUCUCAGCUCCCCAGCCCCGUCUCGCCCCCCCGCGCUGCCAUUGACUGGGCGGCGGGCGGAGCCGGGAGCGCCGCUGUCAGACUCCGGCGGGCAGCGAGGGAGACGCGAGCGGCAGCUGCUCCGGGAGCCCCAGCCGCGCAGAGCCCGGGAGCGGGAGCCGAGGCAGCGCCAUGAGCCAGAAAUGCGACGUGAUCGUGGUUGGGGGCGGCAUCUCAGGUCUGUCGGCAGCCAAGUUGCUGACUGAGUCAGGGCUGAGUGUUGUGGUGUUGGAAGCCCGUGACAGAGUUGGAGGAAGAACUUUCACUGCAAGGAAUAAGCAAGUCCAGUAUGUGGACCUUGGAGGAGCAUAUGUGGGGCCGACACAAAAUCGCAUCCUGCGGUUGUCUAAGGAGCUAGGAAUAGAGACGUAUAAAGUGAAUGAAGUAGAACAUCUUAUUCACCAUGUCAAGGGUAAAAGUUAUCCCUUUAAGGGUGCAUUUCCUACUAUGUGGAACCCUUUUGUCAUCUUAGAUUUCAACAAUCUAUGGAGGACGAUGGAUGAAAUGGGAAAGGAGAUUCCUAAUGAAGCCCCAUGGAAGGCACCACAUGCAGAAGAAUGGGACAAAAUGUCUAUGCAAGAUUUCAUAGACAAAGUUUGUUGGACAAAUGCUAGCAAGAGGUUUGCAACACUGUUUGUGAAUGUGGAUGUCACCUCUGAGCCUCACGAGGUCUCUGCUCUCUGGUUCCUGUGGUACGUGAAGCAGUGUGGGGGGACAGGCAGGAUAUUCUCCACCACCAACGGUGGGCAGGAGAGGAAGUUUGUUGGAGGUUCUGGUCAGAUUAGUGAGAAGUUAAUGGAACGCUUGGGAGGCCGAGUGAAGCUAGAGAAACCUGUAGUCCGCAUUGAUCAGUCAGGUGAAAAUGUCAUUGUGGAGACCUUAGACCAUGAAUCAUACGAGGCCAAGUAUGUUAUUAGUGCCAUUCCCCCAGUUCUUGAUUUGAAGAUUCAUUUCAACCCACCAUUACCACCAAUGAGAAACCAGCUGAUCAGCCGGGUUCCCAUGGGCUCAGUCAUCAAGUGCAUGGUAUACUACAAAGAACCUUUCUGGAGGAAAAGGGACUACUGUGGUACCAUGCUCAUUGAAGAUGAGGAAGCUGUGAUUGGAAUGACACUCGAUGAUACAAAACCCAAUUGCAGUGUUCCUGCCAUAAUGGGUUUUAUUCUCGCUCGAAAGUGUAGAAGACUGACACAUCUCACAAAGGAAGAAAGGAAGAAGAGGAUCUGCGAGCUCUAUGCAAAGGUUUUGGGAUCAGAGGAAGCCUUACACCCAGUGCAUUAUGAAGAGAAGAACUGGUGUGAGGAGCAGUAUUCUGGCGGGUGCUACACAGCUUACUUCCCACCGGGGAUAAUGACACAGUUUGGAAGGAUCAUUCGCCAGCCAGUUGGUAGGAUCUACUUUGCUGGAACGGAGACAGCUACAGAAUGGAGCGGGUACAUGGAGGGGGCUGUGCAGGCUGGAGAGAGAGCAGCUAGAGAGAUACUGUGUUCCAUGGGGAAAAUCUCAGAAGGUGAAAUUUGGAAGUCAGAACCAGAAUCAGUUGAUGUCCCAGCCCGGCCAAUCACUACUACCUUUUGGGAGAGAAACUUGCCAUCUAUACCAGGACUACUGAGGCUGGUUGGAUUUUCCACUUUCUUCACUUCAGUGGCUGCUGUUGGGCUAUUUGCCUACAAAAAGGGGCUGCUAGUUCAAAACUGAGAAAGGUGCCAGCACAAAGCUGUGUACUUGUUGUGUCCUUUUUCCAAAGUUUGUUUUGACGUGCACUUAUCUGUCUUCAAAAGCAGAUCAGGACUGGUAACGGGGGUGAGGGAAAGUAGAGAUGCAAUUUUAGAGUGAGGAUGAGUGAAGGGGUUCAGAUAAGGUAAGGACCCCCUGAACAUUGACCUAUUUUUAGCAUCAUCAUUUGAGGUUCUGAGACAGUGGCGGGCAACCUGCAGCCCGCGGGCCGCACACGGCCCAUCAGGGUAAUCCACUAGCGUACUGCCAGACAGUUUGUUUACAUUUGCACAGUUUCCCGCAGCUCCCAGUGGCCGCGGCCACACAGACGUGCUAGCCACUGCUUCCCGCAGCUGCCAUUGGCUGGGAAGGGCAAACCGCAGCCCCUGGGAGCUGCAGGCAGCUGUGCAAAUUUAAACAAACUGUCUGGUGGCCCAUCAGCGGAUUACCUGGACGGACCGCAGGUUGCCCACCACUGUUCUGAGAUGUUCCACUAUGUGUUACUUCACUUUGAGUUUUUAUUGAGGUCUGCAAAUGAAAAUGCCAAAAUACUGUGAGAAAGCUGUUCUUAUGAUAUUUUCAGCCUUUUGUACACUUGUAUCUAACCUAACCUGAACUCUGAACAUUUAAAGGCACACCCGUCCCUAGUUAUAAGUGGAAUAUUGCCACACUCAUGUUCUGGAGAUCUAAAAGACUUCAGUUGUAGCUUAAAAUAACUUUUGAAUAAAUGUGAAUUGCAGGUGAGGGUCUUUAACAGCACUUACAAAAAAAUGUAAGGCUAAAUUUUGAAAUUGUUGUUUCAAACUAUGUAAGUGCUCAUGAGUUUGUCAAGAGGAAAAUUCCCCACUUUACAUUUCCAAUCGCAUGUUAUGGACUAUGGACCCAGUGGCACAAAAGAGGCUAUAAAGGUGUCUUAAGUGGCCUCUUGAGGAUUCCCCCAGUCUAGCGGCUCUACAGCACCCUUAUCCUAUGUGGGUUCCAUGAGGCUGCUAUAGGUAGUGCCAGGGAUCAAAUUAACCCCCCUGUUGACCCCAGGGAGCCAUGAAGUAACUUUUCUGCACCCUUGUCUAAGCUUUUUGGGGUAGGGGCUCUCUCUCACCUUGUGUUUGUAGGGUACAGUGGGCCCUAGAUCUCAGUUGGAGCCUACAGGCACUACCAUAAUAAGUAAUAACUUUGUCCAGUGUUGAAAACAGCUUAUCUAGGCCAGAGAAUCUAAGCUAAUGUCUACACAUUUCCCCAACAAUUAGUCCUUGAAAUAUAAAUGGAAAUCUCUAAAUAACAUUUCAAUAUGUAUUCCUUGGAAUUUAUGUUGUGUUGAGGGGUGCACCUGGAAUUGCAAGGGUGAUUUCUCUUAUGUUCUGCUCUACAAAAAUAAAAAAAGCCCCUGCUCAACUUUGCUUCUUGAUUCACAUCACUCUAAAUUGGACUUUUUUAUAUGCACAGUUAAUAGAGUUUUCUCCAUCACACCUAUAGUCAUCCAAGAUGUGACCUGCCUCUCAGUCCUCUGUAUUUCACCUAGGAGGAAAGUUAUUGCAGUUCUGCUCUUUCUAAUAUAAUUUCCAGAAGAAAGGAAUCUUACUACUUUACCUUAGCACAAUCAGACUUCAUUAUUUUUUGUAAAAAAGCAAGACAAGGCAAGAGAAGAGCUUGAAAAUCCUUCCAAAUCACUAUGCAUCCGAUGAAGUGGGCGUAGCCCACGAAAGCUUAUGCUCAAAUAAAUUUGUUAGUCUCUAAGGUGCCACAAGUACUCCUGUUCUUUUUGCGGAUACAGACUAACACGGCUGCUACUCUGAAAUCUAUAAAGCUCUGUGUUAGUGAAAAGUAUCCAAUCCUUGUAUGUACCAAAGGCCCAGGACAAUGGAAUUCAGUGUGAGUGACAGCAGCAUGGUUUCCAGGGCUGUAUAAUCAUCUUGUUGUCCCUCAGUUCUUUUCUGGACUGUAAUUGCUUCCAAGGAGAAGUAGUUUCUACUUCCUCAGAGUGAGAGCAGCCAAACUGUGCUUUUUAGUUAGCCAUUCUUUGACAAGAUCUUGUCUUAAGCUUUCAGGUCUGUGACUCCCUGAGUUUCAGCCUGCUAGCAAAAUGGAGUACAAUUUUUUUUCUACCACAUCUCUAGUCAGAUCUAGUUUUCACCUUCUGUGUACCUUUGAAAACUAUAUUAUUAAGAAAUGUACAAUCCUGUAGUGGGAGUUUUGGAGUCCUAUGAGCAAAUUCUCUGCUGGUGUAAACGGACACAGCACUACUGACAUAAGUGAAACACUGAGCUACCAACACUACAAUAUUUUCAGUUGUCCUUUUCUAUUCAACCUUCAGUCAAAGGCUUUCUGGCAUUACACUAAUUAAUACAAAGCUAUUAUUCCAUGCUACAUUGAAUGCCAUUCUAACUAUGCUCCAUAAAAUCUUCUCUUGGUGACGUUUCACACUGCUUGGCUUGCAGUUUUAUGAGGAGAAGGUGUGAAUGAUUAAGCAUAAGAUCGUUGCUUGCCCUACAUGCUUGCACAAGGGAAUGAGGGGGCAUCAAAUGUCUUGCGCAGGCUACCUGCAUCACAACUCUCAGUGCAUAAAAGAGAGCGGCCUCUGAGGAGUCACUACUCCUCCUCCCGCUCAGGUGUGAAGAAUAGGGAUGGGAAAGGUGGAGCCUUGACUAAGCCCCACAGCAAAAAAGGUAUGCAUCCGAAGAAGUGGGCUGUAGUCCACGAAAGCUUAUGCUCUAAUACAUUUGUUAGUCUCUAAGGUGCCACAAGUACUCCUGUUCUUCUUACAGCAAACCAGUCAGCAUAGCUGAGGCAACAUGAAGAGAGGGAAGUAAUCUCUGUGUGGUAAAGGACUGGGGCAGAUUACUUCCCACUCGAGUAAGGGAGGAGCAGGGGACUGAAUUGUGACUUUCAACGUCUGCCCCGGGGCAAUGCAGCUACACACUGACUGCUCCUUGCGCAUGGUAGACUGCUAAGCAACAACCAAGUCCUGUGCUAUCAGCUCCAAAUCCAUAGGUCUGGUGGGAGACUUCAUGAUCUAGCUAGUCAAGAUUUUGUAGGAUCUUUAAAACAACCCCCCUGAAAUCAAGAUUAGGAGGACAGCUCAUCAGCAGGGUGUUAACUGUAAAAGGG